UCUCUGCCACCGCCCAAACCCCUCCGUUCCUUCACCACCCCCUCGCGCACGAUGCGGUUCUCGCGCCUGUUCACCUCGGCGGCCGCCUUCGCCCUCUUCUCCGCUGUACUUGGCUCGGACGUCCUCGACCUCACGCACGACAACUUUGAUGCUGUCGUAAACCCGGAGUCUCUCAUUCUCGUCGAGUUCUUUGCACCCUGGUGUGGUCACUGCAAGGCUCUCGCCCCUCACUACGAGGAGGCCGCUACCGCGCUCAAGGAGAAGAACAUUAAGAUCGCCAAGGUUAACUGCGUUGACGAGGCCGAGUUCUGCCAGACCAAUGGUAUCCAGGGAUACCCCACUCUCCGUGUCUACCGCAACGGGGAGCACUCCGACUACACUGGCCCCCGCAAGGCUGAUGGCAUCAUCAGCUACAUGACCAAGCAAUCCCUGCCCGCGGUCUCUGAGGUCACCAAGGAGAACUACGAGGACUUCAAGAAGGCAGACCGGAUCGUCGCACUUGCUUUCCUGCCGUCGACGACGGCCGUCCCUGCUCCGGAAUUCAGCUCUGCCGCGAACAAGCACCGUGACGACUACCUGUUCGGUCUCACGACCGACGAGUCCAUCGCGGAGGCCGCUGGCGUUACUCCCCCGGCAAUCGUCGUCUUCCGUAACUUCGAUGAGCCCCAGACCGAGUUCCCCUACCCCAUCUCCUCUGCCACCGCGAAGGAGAUUGAGGAGUGGAUCCAGGAGCUCUCCAUCCCCAUCAUCGACGAGGUCGGUGCGGAGAACUACCAGACCUACGCCUCCAGCGGCAAGCCGCUCGCGUACCUCUUCGUCGACCCCACCGACGAGAAGCUCAGCGAGUACCUCGACACCGUCCGUCCCGUUGCUGCGAAGUUCCGGGGCAAGGUCAACUUCGUCUGGAUCGACGCCGUCAAGUUCGGUGACCACGCGCGCGCCCUGAACCUCAACGAGGCGAAGUGGCCCAGCUUCGUCCUCCAGGACCUCCAGAAGCAGCUCAAGUACCCGUACGACCAGAGCGAGGAGAUCACCGGCGAGGCCCUCGAGACCAUGCUCAACGAGUUCCUUGACGGCAAGCUUGAGCCCCAGCUGAAGAGCCAGCCCAUCCCUGAGACUCAGGACGAGCCCGUGUUCGAGCUUGUUGGCAAGCAGUUUGAGGAGGUUGUCUUUGACGACGAGAAGGACGUCUUCGUCGAGUUCUACGCUACCUGGUGCGGCCACUGCAAGCGUCUCAAGCCCACCUGGGACUCGCUCGGUGAGCACUUCGCCAACGUCAAGGACCGCGUCACGAUUGUCAAGAUGGAGGCGACCGAGAACGACCUCCCUCCCACUGUGCCCUUCCGUGUCUCUGGCUUCCCUACCCUCAAGUUCAAGAAGGCGGGAACCCGCGACUUCAUCGACUACGACGGCGACCGCUCCCUCGAGAGCCUCAUCGCCUUCGUCGAGGAGAACGCGAAGAACCCGCUCGACCCCAACGUCACCUUUGGCAACAAGACGCCUGUCGGGACUGAGCAGGUUGUCCUCGAGCAUGACCACGACCACCACGACGAGCUCUGAUUUUUGGGUUUACCACUGGAUGCAUCGCAAUAACCCUACGCUUAUUAUGUAUUAGUCGGGGACCACCCCGCCUGAAAAUAUUACUAGUCGACGCUCUUGACAAACC